CGGCGGCGUCAGUCAGGCCAAUCAGUCCGAGCUGAGCGCUCGCGGAGAGAGGAGCUGCUGCGCCGAGGCCAGAGAGCGAGCGCCUCCUCCUCCUCCUCUUCCUUCUCCCGAACCCCCGUCCGUCCUGCAGAGCCCCGAGGAUGAUAAACACCCAGGACAGUAGUAUUUUGCCUUUGAGUAACUGCCCCCAACUACAGUGCUGCAGGCACAUUGUCCCAGGGCCUCUGUGGUGCUCCGAUGCCCCUCACCCACUGUCGAAGAUCCCCGGUGGGCGAGGGGUUGGCAGGGAUCCUUCUCUCUCAGCUUUGAUAUAUAAGGAUGAGAAGCUCACUGUUAACCAAGAUCUUCCAGUGCAUGAUGGGAAGCCACAUAUUGUCCACUUCCAGUACAAAGUUACGGAAGUAAAGAUUUCCUCCUGGGAUGCAGUGCUGUCCAAUCAAAGUCUUUUUGUGGAAAUCCCUGAUGGUUUAUUAGCUGAUGGGAGUAAAGAAGGGUUGUUAGCACUGUUGGAAUUUGCUGAAGAGAAGAUGAAAGCAAAUUAUGUCUUUAUUUGCUUCCGAAAAAGCAGAGAAGACAGAGCUCCUUUACUGAAGACGUUCAGUUUUUUGGGCUUUGAAAUUGUGAGACCUGGCCAUCCCUGUGUCCCAUCACAACCAGAUGUGUUGUUCAUGGUGUAUCCCCUGGAUCAGGUUUCUUCUGAUGAUGAUUAGACCUAGUGCAGCACUUCAGUGGGACCCAGACAUGCUUCAGAGCCAAGAGGGGGCUAAAACUCUUCUGAGGAAAGGAAAAACAAAAUUCUUCUGGACUGAAACUGCAUUUCUUAUUGUUAGAGUGACCUGUAUAUCUUCUGAGUUGACUUUUCCAUUGAAAUGUGUUACCUAGCGAAUAAUAUAAAGUCUGCACGUGUAAUCACACAAUAGUAAAUGGAAGGUAAAUGGAGCCCUUUCAUACAGCUCUGUGGUCUGCUGGUUAGCCUAGUAGAGACAUACUGUCCAGCCAUACAUUGGGCAAGGAGCCUGCAGGUGAAGAGAGGGGCAAGCCUCAUUAAUAUUGGGCUUUCUGUUCAUUUUAUUAUUUGGCUUUCAUUUUCAAUAACACUGUAUUUAUAUGUUCACUCAGUCUCUUAAACAAAGGGCAAGUGUAGAGCUGUGAGGGAAGUUAACAUGUUAGCAAACCAUAUGUGGCACAACCACGGUAACCAACAAGGUGGGUUUCUGAAAAGCUUUCUGCUCUUUCAGCUGUUUUCUUAGGUCAUUAACAACACUGGCUUAUUAGUACAAGCUUUCAAUAAACAGGGCUAAUCAAACACAUGAAGCUGGCCCUCAUUUUGCAAGAAUGAGCUGCAUAAGUCUCCUUUCAGGGAUUGAGGUAGUUAAUUGUUCUCUCCCUGCAUUAUGUUGUUUGGGUAUAAACAUUAAGGGAAGUGUUUAGAUGAAUGAGCACAAUGCAAGAGGGAAAAGAAACAAGUUCACAAAACUAGCCCCGCAAAAGGGAAGAGCCCUGUGCCUACAGCUUGGAUAGAGGCCCAUGCAGCUGAUGGAUUCCAGAAUGUUUAUAGGCAACCUGAUAUGAUGCUUUGCUGUUCUUAGUCUUAAAUCCUAUGCUGUCUCACUGUGAAAUAAGCCCCAUGAUGCAAAGAGCAGGCUGUUUCAGAAACUCUUCCUAAAAGUAAGUAGUUCAUGUGGUUGAAACUUUGUCUCCUCCUUCUCUGAAUAGCCUUGUUUUGGAUAUUAGAUGACAGCUAUCAUGCUUAUCUUUCUUUUGAACAGUCAGUUCCUUCAAACUUCACAAUAUACAAUUCGAACACUUC